AUGGGCGCAGACAGAGACACCACAGCCACGACGACGGACGCGCCCAUCGCGGCGGCCACCGAGCCCGUGCUCGACGACGAGCUCGAGCUCGCCGAGACGGGCUCGAGCGCAUCGACGUCCAUCACCUCGAGCAUCUACAAACACGCGUACGAGAACGGCCGCCGCUUCCACAGCUACAAGUACGGGCGGUACCCGCUGCCCAACGACGACGCCGAGCAGCAGCGCGAGGACAUCAAGCACGCAAUGAUGCUCGAGGUCACGGACGGCAAGCUGUACUAUGCACCCAUCAGUUCCGACUCGCAGCGGAUAUUAGACGUAGGGACGGGCACGGGAAUAUGGGCCAUUGAGAUGGCGGACAUGAUGCCCAGCGCAGAAGUCCUCGGGAUCGACCUGUCUCCCAUACAGCCGCAGUGGGUGCCCCCCAACUGCAAGUUCAUGGUCGAUGACGCGGAGGAGGAGUGGCUCAACGGCGACGACUACGACAUGGUCCACAUGCGCACCAUGGCGUCCACCCUGAAAGACGUACCCAAGACACUAGGCUACGCCUUCAAGUCCCUAAAGCCCGGCGCAUGGCUAGAGAUGCAGGAGAUCCACGGCUGGGCCAACUGCGACGACGGCACCAUGCCCGAGGACGACCCGCUGUACAAGUUCUACGUCACGGCCGGCGACGCCUUCCGCUCCUUCGGCAUGAACCUGGCGCUGGCCAAGGACCUGCGGCCGCUGAUCGAGGAGGCCGGCUUCGUCAACAUCCAGUGCAUCGUGAAAAAGGUGCCCGUCGGACCCUGGCCCAAGGACCGGACCCUGCGCGUGGCCGGCCUGUACUGUCGACAGGCCAUCCUGGAACUGAUCCCCGCCAUGGUGGGCAAGCCCUUCCAGGCCCUGGGGAUGAGCAAGGCCGAGGCCGAGAUGCUGGGUUUGGACGUCAGGAAGGCACUCAAGGACAUGUCGAAGCAUCGCUACCUGAAUUUCUACUUCUGGAUUGCGCAGAAGCCAGAAUCUCCAACAUCAUGA